AUGGUGCAUCUGAUGGUACAUCUAGGAAGGGAAGCACAACUUGGUGGUCCAGUCCAUUUUAGGUGGAUAUACCCAUUUGAAAGGUAUAUGAAAGUUUUGAAGGAUUUUUUCAGAAAUCCUGCUAGACCAGAGGGAUGUAUCGCUGAAUCUUACCUUGCUGAAGAAUGCAUCCAGUUGUGUAGUGAUUUUCUGAAAAAUACUACAAGUGUGCAAGAAAAACUCGAUAGAAACACCGAGUACGAGAACGUAUCCAUUCUGGAGGGUCGUCCAAUCUCUGCAGGCUCUCCAGUAACUCUUACUGAAAUGGAGAAGAACGUAGCCCAUCUUGCUGUCAUCCAAAACAUGGCAGUCGUUGAACCUUACGUAGAGUAA